AUGUUGAAUCAAACAUCAACUGAGGCGUUGCUCUCAGCAACUUACGUCGAGAACUACUUAGAUUGUGUUGAAAAUCUUCCGAAUGACCUGCAGAGGCAUUUAUCGCGUAUGCGAGAGCUUGACGUAACAUACAGAGAAUGCCUUCGGGAAGCUGAGAAGCACCUAGCAGUAUGUAUAGGACCCAACACAGACGAACGUCGCCGAAGCCGCGCAGCUUUGCGGCUGCAAACAGUGCUAGUAGCAGCUCAGGAGAUAGGCGACGAGAAACUACAAGUUGUACAGAUACUACAAGACCUAAUUGACAACAAACAAAGGUCACUUGAUGCAGAUCAUAAAAAACUAUUAUCUUGCCUGGAGGUGAAGACAAAUGGUACAGUGAAAGAAGAUCCAGCUCCAGCCCCAGAAGCUAUCAGAAGUGUGGAGAAAGAGACCCCAGCACCAGUGGUUACACCGCAGCAUGCACCACCUCCUCCACCGCCUGAACGAAGCAAUGAAAAGGAAAAAGAGAAAGUUGACCGAGACAAGUCCGGAGGUGAACGUUGGUCAAAACGCGCACGACGCUCACGAACAACGGCAGGUGCAGCCACAGACGGAGCAGAUUCCAGUGAACGAGACAGUGAAAGGCACGCCCACAACACCACACACAAGAAAGGUAUCGGCAAAAAGAAAAAGCGUAAAGCACGUCAAGCAGCACAACGUUCAGAAACACCGCCCGAAGAGACAGAUGCUAUCGACCCUGACGAGCCGCGGUACUGUCUUUGCGACCAGAUAUCAUUCGGCGAGAUGAUCCUUUGUGACAAUGAUCUCUGUCCCAUUGAGUGGUUCCACUUCUCAUGCGUCUCACUCUCGACGAAACCUAAAGGAAAGUGGUUCUGUCCAAAGUGCCGUGGCGAUAGACCCAAUGUCAUGAAACCUAAAGGACAAUUCUUAAAAGAGCUAGAACGGUAUAACAGGGAGAAAGAGGAGAAAGCAUAG